AUGGAGUUUGAUGCAAACUUUAAACAAAAUCCUACUUUCCAUCCAAUUUUUUACCCGGAAUCCCUAUUAGGAAAUGGGGUUUCUAUAGAAUCUUGUAAUUCAUCUAGAGGAUCAAAUAAAAAAUUUCCAAAUUUUGAUGAAUUUUCCAUUGUAAAACCACCAUCCAUUCUGUUUCCAGGAGUUGUAACUCCAUUUUAUGAUCCAUUUGAUCCUUUUCGAUCUUCUUCCCCAAUUGGGUACUCGAAAGAUUCCAAUUUAUAUGCGUCGAAAGCCUUAGCAUUGGGUAGUGAUGCAAAUGAUCAGUUCAUGCAUGGGUUUCAGAGUAAAGGAUCACUGAAUUUUCUUCCAAAAAUUUCAGUCCAAGCCAUGGAUCAGAGCCAAUUUUAUCAUCCAUUUCUUUUUCAAGAAUCGGGAUCGAUGAGUGCAGCAUCUCUGCCGGAUGGGGACGAGCUCUCUUGUGAAAAUAAUGCAGAGAGUGGGUGUAAUGAUCCAAGGAGGCAGAAGAUGAAGAAAAGCAAAGGUUAUCUCAUUGAUUUUUAUUAUUUUUUCUUUCUUUCAAUUUGUAGAUUGUUGGUGCAGUUGGUAAAACAGUAUGGGGUUCGGAAAUGGUCUCACAUUGCUCAGAUGCUGAAUGGGAGAGUAGGAAAGCAGUGUAGGGAGAGAUGGCACAAUCAUCUAAAGCCGGACAUAAAGAAAGAUAUAUUUACUGAGGAAGAGGACAUGAUACUCAUAAGAGCCCACAGAGAACUAGGGAAUAAAUGGUCAGAAAUUGCAAAGAGGUUACCUGGAAGGACUGAAAACACUAUAAAGAACCAUUGGAAUGCAACAAAAAGAAGGCAAUUUGCAAAGCGCAAUAAUCGCAACACCAAGAACAACAACUACCUCUUGCAGAACUACAUCAAGAGCGUGACCUCAGAUUCAGAUUGGGUUGGAUAUCAAAAUCGCGUUGGAUAUCAAAAUAACCCAUUCUCGGAAUCCAACACACAUGUGGUUGAUACUAUGUUCUGUCCACAACUUCAGUCUGAGAGAUCAGAUUUCGACCUCAAUGAUCAGCUAGUCCCAAGUAAUUGUGAGAGCGGGGACUUAUCUUUUGACGCAGAAACUUUUUCUGACGAAUGUAGUUUUGGGUCCAUGCUUGAUGACAUGCCUAGUGGUUCUGUUGUUGAGAGCAAUUUGGAGUUCGGAAUGCCAUUGGAAGUGGGUAAUCAGAUGCAGCUUGAUGUGAAGAAGGAGAUGGACCUGUUGGAGAUGGUCUCUCUUGGGAAGUUUCUGAGCUCUUAGGUGUUUGGCUGUGUUUUCCUGCAAAAAUGUUCCGAUGAUGCAAUGAGCCAACUUUCUAGGGUGUUCAAAGUCUUCUCGAAAAAAACUCGAACAGGAUAUUGAAGAGUUAGGUAUGGUGUUUGAUGUCAUUUUCUGGUUUCCUGUAGUUAUGCUAUAAAAAGGACAAGUAGGUAGCUUGUGUGCGCGCACAGUGCACAUGCAAGAGAGAGAGAGAAUUGUGUUUAUGGCAUGUUUUCCAGCUUUUGUAUA